GCGAAACGAACAGUUUCUGCUUAGAGCUCGCCGUGAGCACAACAAAUAUGUGGAGUAAAAAUAAGUUCAUUCAAAUAAUUUGGGCACUGCUGCUGCUACAGUUGGUAGCUGCCGGCAUUACAAGACAAGGCAGGAGGGCUGAAGAUUAUGCGUAUCCCAACGCCAAUGGAGAUGUGGAUGCCGAUGGCUUCCAUACAUUCACACGACAAGGCGUGACAUUGCGUAUCCAGCCACGUACCAGAACCAUACGCAUUGACGGUAGGAACGCCAGCCCGGCGCAACUGUUGGAGCAAGCCAAGCAGGCAAGACAACUGGAACUGCUAGCCGUGCGCCAGCUACUAAACACGCGACAUCCCGUGAAGCGUACAAGCUUCGAAAAUGGACGUAAGCAGACGAGCACAUAUACGCUGGAGCCAGACGGCAGCAUUGUAUGCAAGAUAGUGGAUGAUAUUGACAUGGACGAUGUGGAUCGCCGUUUUGAAGAAAUUUUCCAAAAGCAGCGCGAAAAGCAAGCGAAAGAGCAACCGAAUAAAAUCGCGGAUUGGGAAUGGUCUGAGGACAAUGAUGAACCGGCGCAGCGUCCAAUAUUUCGCGCGCCGUUGCAGCCUUAUCCUGCAGGUCAACCGUACGUACCAACACCACCGCAAUCACCACAACCGGCUGAGCAACAGCCAACGUUUUACCAGCCACCACGAUUUCAACCAGCUUGGCCGACGCGUGAUCAAGACGAUCCCUUCAAUCCACCUGGGCUGCCUACAAUGAACAGUUUUGAUGAUGAUGAGGAGGAUCUUUUUGAUGCAUACGAUAAGGCUUAUCCUUCACCGGUUGGGCCGACAAACACGGUUUCGAACACAAACACCGAUAAGGAUAAUACGACUUUAACGACCGCUCCAAAUGAGUGGAAACGUAAAGCGGUAAAAACUUCGACAAAUACACAACCCCGACCGGUAGAAGAGGCAUCUACGACAGUGCGUAAUGUACCAAAUUUAGAAGAUUUUCUCAGAGAACAAUACAAUCCUAGCCCGAAGACCCAACCAGAGCCCGUUACACCCAGCACGACAACUUCAACCACACCUAAAAUCAUAAAGACUAUCAAUGUUCAGGACUUACCACCCAUAGCUUUACUGAAUCCCAACAAGCAGUUACAUGAACAAUUCCUACAACCACUCACACCCAACGCAGCCGGUGAACAACCAAAACCCAUUAAAACACUGCGGGUGGAUAAUAUACCACCCAGUUCGGUUCCAGAUACGGAUACCGAUCGUUAUGAGCAAAGAAAAGUACAGACGCUUACGAAAACCAUCCAUGGCAAUCAGAUGCCAACAGCAGCCGAUUUAGAUCCCAAAAUGUUGGAUAUGUUACAACGUGCCGGCAUAACACCUGAAGACAUUGCCAACGCGAAUGGACAAACAAUAACAAAGACUCGCGUUGAACCCGACGGUCAUACGGUGACCACUACAUAUCGCAUAAAUCGCGGCAACACGCUUGCACCUUCCUCUUUCGACCAACCCAACCGUGGCGCCACAUACCCUGAAGAUACAAACAACUGGCGUCCUUAUGGUGUACCGUCGGGUUUCCGCGUCCCGCUGCCACCUAAACAUCAGAGUGCUAGCCAUUUUGGCGUCGACUUCACACCUUUCUCCGCUGGUUCGGUGGUGGCUGCUGUCACCACAACUACCACUGCGCGACCAUUGGUACGCGACCGUGAGCCCUUGGAGCCGCAAGAUGAAGAUAAUGAAAAUGCCGUCACUUUAAAUCCUUUACUCAUACAUCCGGUACAACCGGUCGUCACAAAGACCUUGGCUGCUGGUGAUCCGAACUUGAUCAGGGUCAGAAGCCCUAUCGCGGAAUUUUUGAUCAAAUGCGGCUUAUCGGUGCCUGAUUUGCGGGCCAAUAAAGGCGAGUAUGUCAGAACUUUUCUCGAUCCGGAUGGAAGUGUACUAACAGCUCGAUUUAUACUAACUGGUCCAAUUUUGCACUCGUUUCAAAAGUAAUUAGUUACUAGAUAGUUUAUAUUUCUUGCCUGAAUAAAAUAUAUUUACGAAUUUAAUAAAAUUUAGAUGAGACAUUUGUUUAAAAC